AUGUUGAAUACAAUUCUUGCUUGUCAUCGUAUUUUUUGUGGUCGAAGUUCAAACAUACGUUCUGUAAAUGCGACAGUCAACAAUGGACUAUCAUCGGAAGUACAUAAUUCAAAUAGAAUAAAAUUAUCUCUACCACCUGAAGACGAAAAAAUAUCGAAAAAAUAUUCGUCAUCAGGUUCACUAAUUAUUUCCCAUACGAACACUCACGUAACAGAUAAAAUCAUUUCAACACCAAAUCAAUUAUACGAAAUUCAAUGUGGCAUCGAUUUAGAUCGUUUAGCGAAAGAAUAUCUUGAAACAAUAAAUGAAUAUCGCUGUCAUCUAGGAUUCAUAUCACUUGAACUUUCUAAUGAACUUACACAUCGAGCAGUUUAUCGAGCGACUCAAUUAUCUAUUCAAGAUCACACAGAAAAUACCAAUCGAUCUGAUCUUAUUUAUAAUAAUGAACCUAUUGGAGAAACGUAUGAAAAUUUUUUUACAACGAUUUCAAAUAGCUCGUUAACUAUAUUUAACCUACAGAGUUAUGUCUUGUCGAGUACCGAUUAA